UGCUUAUCUGGGGAAGCCGACGGCGUUCCCCGAGAGCCACAUAGACUCAUAUAAGUACGUAGUUGGGGAGCUCUCUCUCGUCGACAUCAGCACGCGACCACUAUCUACAGACAAUAAUGGCCAUCCUUCCCAUCUUUGUGAAGGCCUACUGGUCCCUGGCCUUCAUGGGCCUAUGCUACUUUUGCGCCCUGGGGCUCCUGACGAUUCCGGUCGUCCAGAAAAAUGCGAUAUACGUGCACAGACUCCGGCUGAGUUGGCUGAGCGAUCUGAUUCAGCCCGAGCAAUUCGGCUUCGCGAAGAAUCAGGUCACGCCGUUCUACUACAACACGUCGGAUGGUGAGGCGAUCUUUGCGUGGCACGUUCUGCCUCUCGGGAUCUACAUGCUGCAUCGCGAGGAGCUGGUGAAGCAGGAGGGGCAUGGUGUUGCCGCUGCGCCGCUCGAGACCAAGAACCUCCAGCUGCUGAGAGAUGACCCCGAAGCUCGAUUGAUAAUCCACUUCCACGGCAACGCAGGCACCGUCGGCGCCGGCCUCCGCCCCUCCUACCUCCGUUCGCUCUCCGCCGCGCACCCCACCAAGAUCCACAUCCUGGCAAUCGACUACCGGGGCUUCGGCCUCUCGACCGGCGACCCCUCAGAAACCGGCCUCAUCACGGAUGGCGUGUCCGCUGUCCGUUUCGCGGUCGACCAGCUCGGGAUCCCGCCGUCGCGCAUCGCGCUCAUCGGGCAAUCCCUCGGCACAGCCAUCACGAUCGGCGUAGCCGACCAACUCGCCGCGCAAUCCCCACCGGAGGAGUUCGCAGCGGUGAUCACGAUCGCCGGUUUCUCGAGCAUGAAGGAGCUCCUCCUGACCUACCGCAUUGGCGGGUACUUCCCCGUGCUAGCGCCACUCCGCGGAUACCCCAAGGUGCAGACGUGGUUCACCGAGUACCUCCUCGAGUCGUGGGACUCUGUGGGGCGCCUCGCGCGCCUCGUCAAGAAUUCGCCGAACCUCAACUUGGUGCUGAUUCACGCAAAGAAUGAUUACGACAUCCCGUGGAAACAUUGCGAUGCCCUCUUUGUCCAUGCCGCGAGCGCGGCGAGGAAAACGAUUGAGGGCGAGGAUACGAAGAUGAAGGUCAGUGAUGCGCUGGACGCCCGUGUCAUCACGACAUACGGAAACGAGAGCACCCUGGCUACCUGGCCGGAGGACAGGAGCAAUGGCAGGAGGAUCAGCCAGUGGCUCGUUAAGUGGGGUGGCCAUAAUGCGGUGGUUACAAGCGCGGGCACGUCGGUGAUUGUGGCGAAAGCGUUCGGUUUGUAGUGGGAGGUUAUUCUGUGAUGAGCUAUGAUAGAUACCGCCAUGGGACGGGGUAGUAGAAUAUUUAUACCAAUUGAUCUUGCGGUUCGGUCGAGGGC